CAAAUAAUAGAACACAAAAUAUAAAAAUCUGAGGCAAUUCAAGUAGCUGCAGAAAAGAAAAAGGCCCAUAUUCUCUUCCAAUAUCUACAUCUUACUGCCCAAAAGGCAAAAAUCUCACUAAUCACUGUCACCCAGUUAUUAAAUCUCAACAACAAAAUUCUGGGGUUGGAUUUUUUUUGUUCGUUAAUUUGCAAUGCCGGGUCUCGGUGCUCAAACCGAGAUCUCGUUUGCCAGUACUUUCGUUAGUAGCGCAAUUGCUGCUUGUUUUGCCGAGUUUUGUACGUUGCCAUUAGACACUGCUAAAGUGAGGCUUCAACUCCAAAGAAAAGCAUCUUCAGCUGAUGGAGCUGUUUCAGCCAAGUAUAGAGGCAUGGGAGGAACUAUACUUACAAUUGCAAGAGAAGAAGGCUUACCUGCUCUUUGGAAGGGUAUAGUGCCAGGGCUGCAUCGCCAAUGUCUCUAUGGAGGCUUGAGAAUCGGCCUGUAUGAUCCUUUUAAAAUGUUCUUUAUUGGAGCUUUUCUCUUUGGAGAUUUCCCUCUAUUCCAAAAUAUACUAGCUGCCCUAUUAACUGGUGCGAUUGCUAUAAUUAUUGCCAAUCCAACUGAUCUUGUUAAAGUUCGACUCCAGUCUGAAGGAAAAUUGCCACCUGGAGUGCCUAGGCGUUAUUCAGGAGCCCUGGAUGCCUAUAGUUCCAUAAUAAGACAGGAAGGACUCUUAGCUCUUUGGACUGGGCUUGGACCCAACAUUGCCAGAAAUGCAAUCAUAAAUGCUGCUGAACUAGCCAGUUAUGAUCAAGUGAAACUGACUAUUUUGGCGAUCCCAGGAUUCACAGAUAGUGCACUUACUCACAUCCUAGCUGGUUUAGGUGCAGGGUUUUUUGCAGUCUGCAUUGGAUCUCCCUUGGAUGUGGUGAAAUCCAGAAUGAUGGGAGAUUCAACAUAUAAAAGCACCGCUGAUUGUUUCAUCAAGACAUUAAAGAAUGAGGGACCAUUAGCAUUUUAUAAAGGAUUUCUUCUAAAUUUUAGCAGAUUAGGAUCUUGGAAUGUGGUCAUGUUUUUGACAUUGGAACAAGUCAAGAUGAUGUUGCGAGGGUAGGCAUAGUAAUGCAAUACUGCCUCCAUUUUCUCGAUCAUCAGCACAGCCAUGCCAAGAAAUGCAACAAACUUCCUCGAUGAGUUUUUCAGCUGCUACCUUGAUUUUCCACGGAGUUCAUAUGCUUGAUUCUAUUAGCAUAUGUACAGCUGCUAGCGAGAAGUUGAACAGAAUAAGAUAAAUUUUGAUUGAAGUCUGGAAAGUAUAUAGUUAUUCAUUGUGUUGACAAAAAUCCUGUUAAAUUGCCUUGUAAUUUUGAAGCUUAUAGGUAGAAUGUACACCAUACACUUUUUGUCACCCUUGUGUAGUUGUGUAACAUUUAUCUCGCCCAUCCUCACGAGUCACUUCCCAUUUGUAUUGCUAUUGAAAUUUCAAGGAAUUGUACACUAUAACAUCCUAUUCUCGAUUCUUGAAGAUGAAGAGUACUCUAUAUUAAAAAUAUGUGUGAUUAUUUAUGAAAAAUAUUCUUGUAUUUUGAAACUAUUA